AUGUCUUCAUCAAAGUCAAAGCGUAAUCGUACACUUCCUCACCGCAAUCGGCAGCAUGUCCUCCGCCCGAUCGCUCAGCCUCAAGGCCCUCCUGCUCCUCGGCCACAAGCAGAGACUCGUCCUCCACCCUCUGGCCCUGUCGCCAAAGCCACCAGACCUGCACCUUCCCGAUCUUCGAAGUCUUUCCCUUUCUUCAAGUUGCCUGGCGAGAUCAGGAACCGGAUUUAUGAUCUUGUCGUACCCGAAGCUCGGGUGAUCAUUUCAGCCAACCAUCCUCAGAAGGAACUUCAGCUGAUGAGGCAACGAGAACCCUGCAAGAAACACAAGCCACCACCGCAUCGUCUUCUGGGCCAGUUCACCGGCAACGCAACCGAAGCCUCUCUCUUCCUGACCUGUCGUCAAAUGAACCGAGAAGCUGUGAGGUUUAUCUAUUCUAGAACCACUUUCUGCUUCGACCGUGUUGUCGUGUUACGGAGUUUCCUCAAGACCGUUCCCGAAGAAGCCCGCGCCAGUAUCCGCGCCCUGGAGAUCACCCACGUAGGGUACGCGGAACCGAGGCUGCUGGACGACCGAAGGUGGAAAUUGAGACACGAUACGAAAUGGGCGAUGGUUUUACGACAGAUCCAGCAUCAGGUGACCGCGCUUCGACACCUGAGGCUCAAUGUCACCUUCUUCGACUGGCCGUGCCGACUUGAUGUCUCUGAGAAGUGGGCUCGUCCUUAUCUGGAACUUGCUGGGGAGGGCGGCCUGCUGCGGGUGGAAUUUACUCUGGCUCACGAGUGCUUCCAUGAGGUUAAGGUAGCCGCAACGGCCAAAGAGCUGGAAAACAAGAUGAUGAGCGCAGAAGGGAAAAAGGCGAAAAGACGCGAGGCAGAGAUGGAGAGGAAGCGACUGGAGGAAUCCAAACGCAAAGCCACCAGGGCCUUGAAGAUCAAGCUUCCGCUUGGCGACAAUCUGCCCAACGUGAACUUGAAUAUGCCUACCAAGAAGGUGGUGAAGAGCAAAGGGCUGGAGCAAUACGCGGUGAAAGAACCUCCGUGUGCAUAUUGUUGA